AUUUUCUGCUAAAUAUUUCCGGUAGGCAAUUGCUCUUCCAAAAUGGAGAUGAGAAAAAACGUUAUCGAAUUUGCUCCUUUAAGAUCUAUGAAUGACUUUGUUUUAGAAAAGGCGAGGUUUGAAAUGCCUAACUUAUCAAAUCCUAAUAAAUGGGCCAAUCGCGUCAUCAAUAACUUGUUAUAUUACCAAAGUAAUUAUCUUCUAUCAAUUAUAGCCGUAUUUUUACUUGUUGGAUUGUUACAUCCAGCAAAUAUGCUAAUUGGAAUCGGAUCAUUUUGUGUAGCAUUCGCAAUUGUUAAAUAUGUAAAACAGAAUCAUUCUUCUCGAAAUUUUCGAAAAUCCAAGUUUAAUGGUUUACUUCUCUUAGGAUUAGGAGUUUUACUGAUCUUUCUCUUGGGAUCCAUUUUGACCUUUCUAUUUGGCAUUGCCCUACCGUUAUUACUUGUAAUUAUUCAUGCAUCGUUGAGAUUGAGAAAUAUAAAGAAUAAAGUAAAUAAUGUCAAGGAGUUUGUUGGACAGAAGAGAACACCAAUGGGUGUUUUAUUAGAAACUUUGGAAUUGGACGAUUCCUUAGCUAUUUAG